UGUGACGUCAUUAAGAAUGGCCACAUCUUUGUCAGUGAACAAAAUGGCAACUUACUGUCUCACCGUCGCGCGACUUCAGCUUGCUCUGGGCCAUGGCGCACGGCGCCUGCAUGUGGCGGCCGCUUACAGAGCCAAGGCCCAAGUGUCCAUGAGUCGCUUUGAGCCUACCUCCUUCGUCAGCUACGACAAGCUCCAGUCCAAUGUUGACGUCGUGCGAAAAAGACUCAACCGACCUCUCACGCUGUCAGAGAAGAUCGUGUACGGCCACCUCGAUGACCCCCAUAACCAGGAAAUCGAUCGCGGGCGCACCUACCUUCGCCUGCGUCCUGACCGUGUGGCCAUGCAAGAUGCCACAGCGCAGAUGGCCAUGCUCCAGUUCAUCAGCAGCGGCCUGCCGCAGGUGGCGGUUCCCUCCACCAUCCACUGUGAUCAUCUGAUCGAAGCCCAGAUCGGUGGCGCUGAAGAUCUGGCCAGGGCCAAGGAAGUGAAUGAAGAGGUCUACAACUUCCUUGCAAGUGCUGGUGCAAAAUAUGGAGUCGGUUUCUGGAAACCAGGUUCUGGAAUCAUCCAUCAGAUCAUAUUGGAGAACUACGCCUAUCCAGGUGUGAUGCUCAUCGGCACCGAUUCCCACACACCAAAUGGUGGCGGGCUCGGUGCCAUCUGCAUCGGCGUGGGAGGCGCCGAUGCUGUGGAUGUCAUGGCGGGGAUCCCCUGGGAGCUUAAAUGUCCCAAGGUGAUCGGGGUGAGGCUGACUGGUUCCCUCUCUGGUUGGACAUCCCCAAAAGAUGUCAUUUUGAAGGUGGCUGGCAUCUUGACGGUGAAAGGCGGCACCGGAGCUAUCGUAGAGUACCACGGGCCUGGUGUUGACUCGAUUUCUUGCACUGGAAUGGCCACCAUUUGCAACAUGGGAGCGGAAAUCGGCGCUACAACUUCCGUGUUUCCCUACAACCACCGCAUGAGGACCUAUAUGGAAAAGACUGGCCGUGGACAGAUUGCUUCCCUGGCUAAUGAGUACGCCGAUCUGCUGGUGCCGGAUCAAGGCUGCGAGUACGACCAGGACAUCGAGAUCAAUCUCGAUGAGCUAAAGCCCCACAUCAACGGUCCAUUCACCCCCGACCUGGCUCACCCAGUGUCUGACGUCGGUGCCGUGGCUGAGAAGAACGGCUGGCCACUUGAGGUUAAAGUCGGUCUGAUCGGCAGCUGCACCAACUCCAGCUACGAGGACAUGGGCCGCGCCGCCUCUGUGGCAAAGCAGGCUUUGGACAAAGGCCUGAAAUGCAAAGCUCAAUUCACAGUUACACCCGGGUCAGAGCAGAUCCGGGCUACCAUUGAACGAGAUGGUUACUCCAAGAUCCUUGGUGACGUUGGAGGUGUAGUCUUGGCCAACGCUUGCGGACCCUGCAUCGGACAGUGGGACAGACGGGAUGUGAAAAAAGGCGAGAAGAACACCAUCGUCACCUCAUUCAACAGGAACUUCACAGCUAGGAAUGAUGCAAACCCUGCAACACACGCCUUUGUUACAUCCCCUGAGAUUGUCACAGCGUUGGCAAUCGCCGGGACUCUCAACUUCAACCCUGAGACCGACUACCUGACAGCCGCCAACGGUGAGAAAUUCAAGUUAGUGCCCCCGACCGGAGACGAACUCCCCGCCAGAGACUUUGACCCGGGUCAGGACACCUACCAGCACCCACCUGCUGACGGCACCAGCCUCAGGGUGGACGUCAGCCCUCAGAGCAACCGACUGCAGUUGCUGGAGCCCUUUGACCAGUGGAGUGGCAAAGACCUGCAGGACCUCAGGGUUCUCAUCAAGGUGAAGGGAAAGUGCACCACAGAUCACAUCAGCGCCGCCGGCCCUUGGCUGAAGUUCCGAGGCCACUUGGACAACAUCUCCAACAACAUGCUGAUCGGUGCCGUCAACAGUGAGAACGACGCCAUCAACUCGGUGAAGAACUACCUGACGGGGGAGUACGGAGGUGUGCCCGAUGUGGCCCGUCACUACAAGGCCAACAAUGUGUCGUGGGUGGUGGUGGGAGAUGACAACUACGGCGAGGGCUCCAGCAGAGAGCACGCCGCACUGGAGCCUAGACAUCUUGGAGGAAGAGCUAUUAUUGUAAAGAGCUUCGCUAGAAUCCACGAAACAAAUCUUAAGAAGCAGGGCCUGCUGCCUCUGACCUUCAGCAACCCGUCAGAUUAUGAUAAAAUCUGCCCCGAUGACAAGAUCUCCAUAAAAGGACUCGAAACCUUUGCUCCCGGAAAGCCUUUGAAAGCCGUGGUGAAGCACAGCGACGGCAGCGAAGACGUUCUGGAACUCAACCACAGCUUCAACGAAACGCAAAUCGAAUGGUUCAAGUCCGGGUCGGCUCUCAACAGGAUGAAGGAGCUACAGCACUAAGGGAUGAAACAUGGAAAGGGGGGGGGGGGGGUCGACGGCGGUGGUCGUGAAGGAAUACGUAAAGAUGGUUUCAUGAUCUGCAUCGAACUGACAUCCUGACAUGUCACACGCGUGUCCAAUCAAAUGAUAGUAGUCAUGAUUCUUGUUUUUCCAACAUAACAUUGUUAUGUGUGUGACGCACAUUAUGUACAAUGGACACUCUGCCCCGUUAAGCUUUGAACUCACAUGUGACCGCUCCCUAAUGUUUCCAGUAUUCUCAUAAUGGGUCAGAACGUGAACACAGGACCUUCUCCAGCUCGAUUAGGUUCAACCAGUUUUCUGUGGUGUUGCACACCCCGUGUUAUUUCAUGCGUGUGUGUGUGUGCAGAACAGUUUAUGCCAACACAACAAUUCUGAUAUUUAUUUUCCAGAUUUAUUCAACAUGGAAAGGUUCCUAAGGGCUUAGGAACUCACGUUAUCACUGUUACCACUAAAUUAUGUAUGUAUGUAAAAAUAGAAUCAUCAAAUUAAGCUGAUUUUAUUAUAAUAUGUCCAUAAUGGCAAAUAACUAAAUCAUUAGUAGUCAUGUUUAAACAUGAUAUGGCUAUCUGCUCUCUUGUCUAUAUGAUUUGCGUUUAGAAGCUCAGAAUGGGUUGUAGAAUAAAUUGUGACAGAUCUCACUUCA